AUGUUUCCAGCGCCAGUUCUAAGUCACCAAAUGGUAUUUAAAGCAUUAACGCAGGAACUAGCAAAGAAAGGUCAUCAAGUGACAGUCGUUACAACUUUUUCCGUAAACGAUCAGAAACUUGAUAAUUAUACGGAAAUUGAUUUAACAUACAUCGGAAUGGAAACAAGAAUUAAUUUGGCGAGGAAAGAGCUAAAUAAAGUCGAUUUGUAUAAUCAGUUUGAAAUAACUUUGGAAACCGUUUCCGAUUUGGUACCAAAUAUGUUGAAAACUACAGAAAUGUUAAAUUUGAUAAAACAUGAAAAAUUUGAUCUGAUACUUAUUGAAGAUUGCACUAAGGAAGCGUUGAUUUUAUCACAUUUAUUUAAAGCUCCUGUCAUAUUUAUCAGUUCUUUUGGUGGUAGUUUUGAUACCUUUGAAACUGUCGGUGGUGUAGUUCAUCCCAUAUUGUAUCCCUUGGCGAUAAAGAAACGUUACCGUAAUCUCUCAACUUGGGAAAAGAUUUCGGAAAUAUUUCACGAGUAUAAAUUACAAAAGUUUUAUAAUAAACUGCUAUUGAAACAUGAUGAAAUAAAUAAAAAAAAAUAUGGGCCCGACACGCCUACGUUAAGAGAUUUGAAGAAUAAUGUUGGAAUGACGUUUUUAAAUAUACAUUCUGUUUGGGAUUCAAAUCGGCCAGUUCCGCCAAACGUCAUAUAUUUGGGUGGCUUGCAUCGUGUAUCACACAACGAAUUACCAAAGGACCUGAAGUCGUCUUUAGAUUCAUCUAUCAAGGGAGCAAUAUACGUUAGUUUCGGUUCCACAGCGGACUUGUCGACGUUUUCAAACAAUAUUUCUCAAAUAUUUAUUAGCGUAUUCUCGAAACUACCGUAUGAUGUUUAUUGGAGAUGGAAUAACACAGAAUUAACUGAGCUACCCAAGAACAUUAGAAUGUCGAAUUGGUAUCCGCAGUCUGAUCUCCUGCAACAUCCGAACAUCAAAUUAUUUAUAACACAAGGAGGUCUACAGUCAACUGACGAAGCGAUAGCCGCUGGAGUACCUCUAAUAGGACUACCUAUCCUUUGGGAUCAAUGGUUCAACGUUGAUAAAUAUGUUCACUUUAAAAUUGGUCGGCAAUUGAAUUUUGAGACACUGACAGAGGAUGAACUUAGAAAUGCUAUAGAAACUGUAAUGGGUGAUAAAGAGUAUUACAGAAACAUUAUAAAAUUACGUUCUAUAAUGACGGACUUACCUCAAAAUUCUCUUGAGCGCGCUGUGUGGUGGACAGAAUAUGUUUUACGCAAUGGAGCUGCGCACCUCCGAGCACCGAGUGCUAAUAUGUCCUGGAUCGAUUAUUAUGAUGUCAAAUUUGUUUUAUUUUUAUCAACUAUACCAAUCACGGCUAUUUUUAUAACACUAGUAUGUUUAAAGAUGAUGUUUAAACUUAUAAUCGUGAAUUUAAGGUCAAGGAAAAAUAAUAACAAAGAAAAAACUCAAUGAAUUAAAACAAAAGUUUCAAAGCAUGGUUGGUGAGACAGCCUUGUAUAUAACUAUUAUACUGAAAGAAAAAAAAUAUUAAUUUUUACACAGACAAAAUUGUAAAAAAUGCUA